UUGGCGCGCGCUCGCCGUUCGGACUAGGCGUGUGUGUUAAACUCGUUAAUUUCACGAUCCACAUGUGUUUACGUGUUGUGAAGUGCAUAGUGCAGUGAAAUUCUUAAAGUUUCAUUGUGUCGUGAGAUGAAGUGUCCCAAGUAUCCGCGUGUAUGGGUAUGAGGAAGUUCAUGCGCACGCGGGGCGCUCAGCCACACGCGCUCACACAUCUUCAUCAUAACGGACAGACCGCCCUGCCGAAGACCAACGGCCAUGCCAAUGGCAUCAGCAACAACAUCGUACCGGUCAACGGGCGCCGCGAGGAGCCCCACUCGACUCUCUCCAGCAGGUACUGGAGCGGCUCUGAGGGUUCAGGGCGGGUCCUUGGCGAGGGCCUGUGGGAGGACCCCGAGUUCCCCGCGACCAGCACCUCUCUGGGCGACAAGAAGUUCUCCUCGAACGUUGUUUGGAUGAGACCUCAUGAGCUGUGCACGAGGCCUGCAUUCCGGGGCGAAGGUUUCAAUGAUGGAGUCACUGAAGACGAGAAUGAUGAUGACUUUGCUGCGAGAUGGAGUAUAGAGGUGGGUGCCGUCGGCGACAGCAGCUUAUGCUGUGCCGUUGCAGCCCUGGCACUCACCCCUCGCCUUCUGGACCGGGUGAUACCGCCGCAGACCUUCAAGGUCCACUACAAUGGGUCUUUUAAGUUCAAUUUUUGGGUGUUCGGCGCGUGGCGCGAAGUCGCCGUUGACGACAGACUCCCUACGCGAGCUGGUCGUCUCAUAACUAGUCACAACGCAUUACCUGACGACUUCACCCUGCCACUCCUUGAGAAAGCUUAUGCCAAGCUAUACGGUUCAUACGUAGCGCUCAGGGUGGGCAGCGUGUCGCGUGCACUCCAAGAUCUCUCAGGAGGUAUAGUGCAGAGUUUCUCCCUUGUCCAACAGCCGAAGGGCUUGACAGCACAAGUACUGAACUCGGCUGUUCCACGGUCAACGCUAUUAGUUGCUACGGUUGCGCAGGAAAAAGAAAGUGGCUGGCGACGUCUCCGCAAUGGCUUGAUAUCAGGUCAAGCGUAUUGCGUGACAGGACUGGCCAGGGUUCGAAGUGUCAACACCGCUGAUGGAGAAGGAGCACUCGUGAGAGUGAGAGCUGUCAGUGGACUUGGAGAGUGGGCAGGACCCUGGGCUAGGGGCAGUGCUGAAUGGAGGGCUCUUGCAGAGGCAGACAGAGACUUGUUGGCGCGACGCGCUGACCGACCUGGGGACUUCUGGAUGUCGUUCCCAGACUUCGCCCGCGCCUUCACAACGCUGGUACUGGUACACGUGGGGCCGGACGAUUGGCUGAUAGAGCCUGCGUUACAUGGUAAGCGGCCAUGGCGGGCUGUGCUUGCUAGACGUAGAUGGAGGCGAGGAUACAACGCUGGAGGACCGCCCUCUUGCAUCGAAACUACAAGCACAAAUCCACAAUUCCACGUACAAAUACCUCGCACGGAAACCGGAGGCGCUAGGAAAUGUCAUGUAGUAGUCUCCGUGACCCAGCAGUAUGGGACCAACAAAGCGGGGAAAUUACGGGCAAUAGGGUUCGCUGUGUACGAGAUCCCUGCAGGAGGGGGACCGCGGAGGGGAGCUCUGAGGGCUCUGGCUGGCUUGAGGGCUUUGGACGUCACACACGAGAGCAGAGCGCGCGAAGUAGCUACGUUCUUCACGCUACCUGCCGGGCAGUAUUUAGUUGUGCCACAUACGAGGCGUCCGCACACAGAAGCUGCUUUCCUACUGCGCAUAUUUACUGACGAACAGACCGAUGUGUGGGAAGUCAACGACGAUAAUCUGAUCAUUCCAAACAUCGGAGCCGAGUUUCUGGACGACGACCAAAGUACAUCGCCGGAGCUGCAGAUGGCGAUCACUAAUCUGUUCGGAAAAAAGGACAUCGAAGAAGUGGACGCGCGGGCGCUGCGGGGGGCGGUGCGGCGCGCGAGCGGGGGUUGGCGUGCGGCGCGGGCGGCGUGCGGCGCGCUGGUGGCGGCGCGGGAUGCGGGGGCGCGGGGCGGGGCUCGCGCGCGGGACGGGCCGCCGCUAGUCGCGCGCCUGCUGGCCUGGCGGGCCGCCUACACAGGGUUAGCGCCGAGCUGCAGCGCUGCCUCCUCGUACCGGCUGCGGGCGCUGCUGUGGGCGGCGGGGGUGGCGGCCUCCAACAAGGUGCUGGAGUGUCUGGUGAUGCGCUUCGCCAAAAAGAACACAAUAUCUUUGGAUGCCUACCUUAUAGCCUUGGCCAAACUACAUUUAGCACAUGAAAGAUUUCGAUGCUUAGAAGCUAAAUUAAAAUCGAACCCAAUAUCUUUGGAAGAGAUGAUCCUGAUGACCAUUUACUCGUGAUCCGGGACUCGUGUUGCUUGUUACUGUUAUAUUGUUAUAUUGUUACUGUUGAGUUUGUUGAAACAGUUUUCUACAUUUAUUUAUUUACUCACAGAUGAAGUUAUUCUGUGAAGAACGCCAUUAACAGAACUUGAAUUAGUCUCUUUCAUAAUUUAACUAGCUGACCCGGCAGACUUCGUAGUGCCUCAAUCGAUAAAUGAAAGACGUAAACUUUUGUAUAAAAUAAACUUGAAUCAAACAAAAGGAAUC